UUGCGCCGCGCAACCAUCUCUCAGUCCGACGUCGAGAAAUUCGAACCAAUUGGUCUCAGUUGCGACUCCAAAACGGCACGCGCUAAGAAUGCUGUAACAGACGCUCUCUCAAGCUACGUUCCCGACAUCCACCCCUAUCGAUACCGCCCGGUCGAUCCGUUGCCCACAAUGAUUUCCGACAACGAUCUUUACCGCCUUGCGAUCUUCCUUGGCUCUGCCGCCAUGGUCCUCAUCAUCCUCUACCACUUUGUCGAAGUCAACACGAAGGAAAACGAGAAGGUGCAAGAGAAGCCCGCCAAGGCCGUGAAGGGUUCCUCAUAA